UCCACGACUUGCGAGCUAAACCUCGCCUUGACACCUGCCUGCGCUGCAAACCUUUGCCCACCCAACCACCACCUUUCCUCUGCUUCUGCUUCUUCUCUUAUACACCCCACAUACGCAACCAUGGCUAUGGCCUAUGCCGAAUCCCCCGUCAUGUACUUGUCCAGGUCCGCUACGGUGGAGUCGCCCAGCGGCUUCCCGGCCCCUCCAAAUGCUACGCCCCGAACCGACGAUGGCAUCGAAAACGUCUCGCCUAGUCCCCGCCUGGACGCAGUUGGAAACGCUCUUAAGCCGAUCCAGGAAGCCUUGAACGAGAGCGCCGAAGCCGCGAUGCUUCCAAGCCCUCCUUCCAAUACACCGUUCUCUUUCUCGCCGGCCCCUUCUCUCUACAAGGGCGCCCGCAAUCGUGGUUUGAGCGCUGUCGGCGACCGUCUGCUUAAGCUCAAACUUGAAGAGCACGGCUUCGACAAGGAUGCUUAUGCUACAUCCAGCAGCCGCUCUGUCACCGCUUCAACUGUUGAAGAAGACAUUGACGAGGACGCCGAGGUCGAAAGCCAUGCUUCUCCAGUCAAAUAUGCCUCCUUGAACGCUCCCAUCCACGAUGCCUCUUCUAUUUCUCGCAUCUCACCCACGGCAGGUACAAUUCCGCUCGAGAUGGGUUCUCCUCUUGCGAAUCCUCGCAUUGACGAGUACAUCAACUUCCAGAGCGCGGACCUUCCCGUCGUCAACCCCAAUAUCAAAGGAUCAUCCUCGACUGCUGCCGCUCACGAAACUGCUGGCACUAUUAGCGAACUGUCUGUCAAGAGCGACAAGGUCGAGACGAUCACCAAUGAGAAGGGAGACCAGGGCGAAGGUGUCGCAGAGAAAAGCAACUGGGCUGAGGAGCUCGAGGAGGCUGCUGAACGCAUCUUCCUGCAAAUGGAGCAACUUGCAGUGGACGAGGUGGCAAGCAACCCAAAUCAAACAUUCGAGCAAUGCUACUCCGGUCGUCUUGCUCGCCUUCUUGCCGGUAACGAUAGAGCUGUUAAGCUCGAGGUUCGCCAGAAAUGGUAG